AUGGCAAGUACCCUCGUUGCUGGUACACUCAGUGUUCUUUUGCCAGUGGGUGGCGUCAUGGGCUACCGCAAAGGAAGUGCUGCGAGUCUUGUUGCAGGGUCAGUAACUGGCGCCUUGAUGGGUACAUCACUCUUCUUUUUGCUGAAAGAUCCUGCAAGCAAGGCGGGCAACAGGAUUGCUGCCGCCGUAUCGUUUUUUCUUGCCUCCACCAUGGGAUACCGCUACUAUAAGGGUCGGAAGACCGUUCCCCUUGUCAUUUCCUCGGUGAAUGCAUUCAGUCUUUUGGUUUUUGGUCCUAAUUGUUUUUAG